AUGGCUGACCAGACAUUCUCAAGAUCCAAGCUCAAGAGGCUCAAUCGAAAAGCUAGAGUUGACAAAAUUGGCAAGCAGCUGUGUAUGGAGAAGAAGAGCCUUGAAUGUGCCGAGAAAAAUGUUCAGAAUUGGAAGAAGAAGGCAAUAGAUUAUAAACUGGAACUCAACGUGUAUCGAGCUAAGCAAUUACGGACAGGAACUCUGGGAACAUCCUGCAGUCACCAACGACCACUAAAGUUACUAACAGCAGCCAUGAAGACGAGUGCAAUCAGUCUACCCAAGGCAACUCCAAGAAUGUGUACGAAUGCUGAUAUUAUGCGAGGAGUUACUGUAGUUCCAGAGAUAAGUGAGAAAUGUUUAGCAGAUGGGGGUGGUGAUGUUCAUAUAGGAAAUGGUCGGUUUGGAACAUGCUCUCGUAUGAUUUUUAAAGAGUGUUUUGACGUCUGUGUCAAAACAUUUACUUCCGACUCCUCAAUCGAAUCGAUUAGGCAUGAAGCCAGUAUAUUACUUACAUUAAAUUCCAGCCCUUAUAUACCACACUGUUUUGGUAUUUGUUCCACCAGGAGAGCUUUAGUAAUGUCUAAUGUAAGCGUGAAGCAGCAACAAGUUUCAUUAUAUUCUGCCUUGUAUUCGACUAACGAAAUUAAAUUAAGCCCUAAGACAUGGAUGCAAAUACUGAUCCAAAUUUGUGAUGGUCUAUCAUACAUGCACAAGCUGAGUAUUCUUCACAAUGAUCUUAAAGUAGACAACGUAGUAUUAGGGACUACUUUGUUAGAAUGUAUCCGGCCAUGUAUUGUGGAUUUUGGAAAGGCAUGUAAAGAAAAGCAUGCUAAGAAGUACUGCCUGACCGAGGAACAGAAAGUUAUUUACAUAAAAGAACACACUCAAGUAGCUCCAGACCUCCGCGAUGGGCUUGUUUUACAGAGCACACAGAGCGAUAUAUACUCAUUAGGUAGAAUAAUGAAGAAGAUGAACUCCAUUGUAAUUAAGUCAACUGAACUUGCCCAUGUAAUUAAGGAAUGUCUUUCUUAUCAUGCUCAUGACCGUCCUAGCUUAGAAACCAUUUCUCUUAAUGUUGAAUGACUAUGUGACUAAUUAUGUCUUACAUUCAUUCGUUCAUGUUUAAAUCUGGUGCUAGCUUUAACUAUGACAUAGUCUAUGUAUAAUUGUAGGCAAAUCCGUGCUCUCUAAUGGAAGGCUGACAAGGUUAGCUGUAAGUCGGGAUGCGUGUUGACCCAGCCAUUUGUUUGAGAGUCAUUAAAAGCAUUAUGGUAGAGAAUUGGCCUGAAGCAGUUAGUUAUGAGUCACAUAGUGCGUAUUGGCUGCUCAGGUUGGGCCAUGCAUGCAUUAACAAUUAACAAUUAACAAUGAUCAACAACGUUUUUUCACCAGAUUUACACAUACAAUUUCAGAUAGUAGUCUAGGUGACUCUAACAUUUCACCAUUGCUAUUUCUAUAUGUUUUCGGUCCAUACUUAAUUCUAGGACAUACUACAAUAGGAAAAUCUACUGUGCAGCCAUUGCCAUAUCUAUCAUACAAAAUAUACCAACUACCUAUAAAAUAUUCAUCGUUAAAAUCAGUUUGUUGAAGUUGGAGCUUUCCGCGGGUCAUUUGGGUUCCUCGAUCUUUAAAUAGGUAACGAAAUACAUCUAGCCGGAAAUCUAUAGUUAAAUUACAGGAUUUUACAGUACCUAAAUUUAAACUACAUUGAAUGGACAGAACAAAUCUUCUGGUUGCGUCGCUUAUAAGCUCGGUAUGUGGUGCUUGUGGUGUAUUGUAUGAUCUGAAAGGGGGGAAAUGUGCAGAUAUAAUUAUAGUAAUACACAGUGCACUGCCAUGCCAUACUUAAUAAUCUUACUGGAUAGUAGAGAUAGUCACAUCUUCCUUAGCGACCCAUGAAGACUGUUCCAAUGAGUAACCAGCCCACUUUACCAAAUACUCCGUUUUCCCCUAGAAAUAGAAUCAAUCGUAUAGGGCUAUAUAUCAUAAAAUGUUACGUACCUUAGUUAGUCGAUGAUGAAUUAUCCUCUCAACAAGGAAGACCCCUUCUGGCAGACUGUCAUCAGACUUACAGCUCAGAGUGGUUCUCACAUCUCGUGCUUCCCGCAUGCUAGAUAAGUCCAUGUCAGCCGAGCUUAUAUUAUGGAGGUAGGAAUAGUAUCCUUUCUCAGGUCGUUGCCUCUUUGACGAGUCCAUAACAGGUCGAUCUGCAUGAACAGGUCUGCUGGAAGAUUAAUAAUUAGUGACCAUAAAGAUUUUAUCUCUAUUCAUUUGACACACUUUACUACCAUUGAUUGCAUGCUAUUACUGUCAUGUGAAUCAGUAAAUUACUAUACAAAAAAGAACAGAGAAAGAAUUGAGAUGGGAAAUUGCUGCCACUUCCACCCGUACCCGUACUACAUCGACUCCGACUUACGAGAGAUCAGGCACCACAGGAACUCCUUUCCUAUUGGGUCGCUAGUAAAGAUGGGAACUGAGGGAAAACAAUUUUAUUUUACAACAGCAGAUGAUACUGGAACACAUUAUUUUCCGAUGGGGUCUCAGAAAAAGGCCCAGAACUAUUUAAAGAAAGUUGUGAGGCUCAGCCAAACAUACGAUGUCCAGGUGUCAGAAGUUUUAAAUCCAGACUACACGUUGCUAGGAUUUAGAGCCAAAAAAACAAAAGAAGAAAGCACAAAAGAAGCGGACAACAAAGAGCCAAGAAAGAAAGUUAAAUUUAAUUUAGUAAAAGUGUUGUAACUAGAACAGGACUGAGAAGAAUAUGACUGAGAACUGACUACUAUACUGUACUGUUCUAUAUAAUUAUUUACUGUGGUAGAUCUCUCUAGUCACUGUUACAGGCCGGUAAAAGUAAUAACAAAAUACUGAGCUGGCAGUACUGCAUGCUCAGUAUUUUGUUAUUACUUGUACCGGCCUGUAACAGUGACUAGAGAGAUCUGCCACAGGAUAGAAUCUACCACAGAAGUCUACAUGAGCUCAACCAACAGGUAAACAAUAAUAUUACUCACCAGCACCAGUGCAGUGAACGUAGCUAGUUCAGCGAAGAUCUUGCGCACGCACUACAAUAGUCUAUAGUAGCAUUUAUUUCCGCAGUAGUUAAAA